AUGGAUUUCUAUGGGAAGUAUGCAGCUGUCACAUUGACCAUUUUGUCUGUAUUUCUACAUCUUCUUCAUACUUUCCCAGAUGGAGAGUUUCUCAUGCAGGGCUGUCCAGAGUGCAAGCUAGGGGAGAACAGAUUCUUUUCCAAGCCAGGAGCACCCAUUUACCAGUGCACUGGGUGCUGUUUCUCCCGUGCCUAUCCCACUCCAAUGAGGUCCAAGAAGACCAUGCUUGUUCCAAAGAACAUUACAUCAGAAGCAACAUGCUGUGUAGCAAAGGCUUUUACCAAGAUUACCCUUAAGGACAAUGUGAAGAUAGAGAACCAUACAGAUUGUCACUGCAGUACCUGCUACUACCAUAAAUCCUAAAGCCUGUCCCUUUGUUAAUGGUCAAGGACAACAGGACAACAGUGAAUGGAACAUUUGUUUUCAGCUUUUACAGCACCACAGUGUAAAACCUUGUUUUUUCUGGUAAAGACUCUGGGUAGACCUCUGGA